AUCUUUCGUCAUUUGCGGGCGCUAAACAGAAUUUCGAUUUCGUAAACAAACUCCGCACGAACGCCUCGAAGCCAAAGAUAGAAAAGCGUCCAGAAACGGCCCCCAGCUGCCAGAGGACACAGCGCACUGCAAUGGAAAAGGAAAACAAAAGCUCAGCCACGGAUAAUGGGCGAAAGCCGGCUGGAAACAACUUGCAAUCGCUACCCACCCGCCAGUAUUUGGACCAAACGGUGAAUCCCAUCCUGCUGCAGGGCCUGAAAGUGUUGGCCAAAGAAAGACCCCAGGAUCCGGUGCAAUAUUUGGCCAACUUUUUGCUGCAGAACAAGAACCGCGUCGAGGAAAGCAACGGAGCCAGUACGGAAGAUACACAAUAAAUAGCAUGCGAUAAGUAAUGGA